GCCCUCACGUAGAGUAUAUCUUGCAAGCUCCCGCCCUCCCCCUUCCCUUUUCCGCUGUAGUAAGUAAACGUGCCUAAGGUGCUCGGUUCUUCACCCGAAGCUAAGGCCCUCAAUCCGGCGACUAGCACCGUCAAAUUUAGGCAUCCAACGCUACAAAUAUAAAAUCUAACAUCUACAAUGGCCUCCGUGUCCGAGCUCGCCUGCAUUUACUCUGCUCUCAUCCUCCACGACGAUGAAGUCACCGUCACCGAGGAUAAGCUGAAUGCUCUGAUCAAGGCUGCCGGCGUCACCGUGGAGCCCUUCUGGCCAAGUCUGUUUGCCAAGGCUCUUACCAGCGUUGACAUCGGCAGCCUGAUCUGCAACGUUGGCGCCGGAGGUGGAGCACCAGCUGGAGCCCCUGCCGCUGCCGCCGCCGCUGCUGGAGACGCCCCAGCCAAGGAGGAGGAGAAGAAAGAAGAGAAGAAGGAAGAGUCUGAGGAGUCUGAUGAUGACAUGGGCUUCGGUCUCUUCGACUAAAAGUUGUUUUUUAAGAAAACACAAUAAAACUACAAAAAUGA